AUGUCAAAUACUUCAAAUGAUAUUAUUCAUCAAUCUCCGUUUCACCAAUUUCAACUACAAUCUGGUUACCUACUCAAGUUCCAUCGGGCUGAUGUAAAUCUACGAUCGCCAGACAAGAAUCCGAUUAACAAUGACUUAUGUACUUACCUGCAUGGCAGCAUCGUGCUCUUGUUUUUUUGUCUUGCCGUGUAUCAAAAUACCAUCCACAUUGAAGCUACAUGA